GUAAGGAUGCCAGUCAAGGAACACAUGCGCAGUCGAUGCAAUAUCCGCCAUAUUUGAUGCUUUGUGCAACUUAACAUGCUAUGUUCAUUUAAAAAUAAUCAUCUUCUGAAAUAAAAUAUUAAGAAAUGAUAGUCUAAUAAGUUAGUAUUCUCUUUUUAAACUCUAAAAACAGUAUUAAGAAUCAAUGACUAGCGUAAGAAAUCAUCUGCUAUAUUUUGUGCGGAAAACGACGAAGGAAACCGUGAUCUCUUAUGUGAUGAACUGAACUAUGAUUAACCCUCUUGACUACGUCUCUAAAAAGCUAAAAUAUCAAACGCUUGAAGAACAAUCAAGACCUCCGGUGGGAAACCAAAAGGUGUCAGCGUGGGAUGCAAACGACGACUGCGAUUCAGGAACGGAGUCUGACAAUGAUAACAGCCAGGAGGAGGCGGAACAGGGGAGCGAGCCGUGGAGUGAAGAGGUACCAAGUGAGCCUUCGUCCGGGUGCAGCGUGAGGAGCAGACCAGGCAGCCAUACAAGCACCGACACCCUAACGUGUCUUGACCUUCCUGUCCAGCCCGUACAACCCGUAUCCUGCUACCCUAACCUCCUACUCCACCCACAAAAGAAUCCCAUCCCCCUAACCUCACUCUCAGGAUCCUACCCUCCACACGACCCCUGCUACGUAUUAGCAACCGCGCGCCCGUCCUCUUACAGUCCUCAUUUUCCUUACGACGACGACCAUCGCUUCACUCGCCCUAAGCCUCUUCUGAUUGGGUGUCAACCCUCUUCGUCUUCCAGCAGCCUAUGUGCUUCUAGACGAAGUUUCGCCGUGCCACCACGUUUGCCUCAUCCCUCGUCCAGCGAAAUCAUAAGACACCCUCUGGCAGCCGUGCCCCACACACCGGGUUUAUUGUCGCCGGUCAAAGGCUUGCGUCACGAGAACAGCUUGCCGAAUUUUCCGCAACCCUUCCCGUCUACCGCAGCGUCGUCGCGGCACAUGCGGCCUGGCCGUUUGCACUCGGCCCACAAACUCGCUAAGUGUCACCACCCUCUGCCACUUUUCUCUUCACAUUCCACUUUAAGUCACUCUUCCAAUAAGACUUCAGAAUCUAGAUCGAUAAGCGCUACAACAUUAGAUGUUACAGCGUUGCAUUCAUCUUUGAAUUUAACGUCCUUUCCAGACUCCUGCACAUCUACUUCUACUGGUAUAAGUUGCAUAAGCAAUAUUCAAAAACGUCCAAACAUUUUUAAUCUAUUGGAAUCUAAAAAGUGUGCGGAUUCGCCUAUAACCGCAAGUGAAUCUGCUAAAUCAAAACCUGUUGAUUUUAUAAGCGGGGAUAACAGUUCUUCAAUAAUUCAAUUCCAUAGAUUCACUCCUACACCCGCUUCGUCAAGUAACGUUUUUGGUGUAGUUGAAACAAACUCUGUGCGUGUUCUAAACCUUGGUGAUUUGGAAGAUUCCCUACCUGGUUUACAAACACCAGGUCUUUCUGAGUCAUUUUCUCCUGACGCGGACUUUUUUCUGCCGCCUGAGCAGCAACUCCCCAAUUUCAACUGCGGUGUCCCUGAUCCCUGCUUCGGAAACGGUGACUCCGGGUCGCUAAGCCAAUUUUUUCAAUCUCCAAAUACAAUUGUACCGAAAAGUGAACGUUUAGUUGACCUUUGCUUCCACAACAACGUGAAAUUUUCCAGUCUUCAGACAUCAAAUCUUGGUGAAAGCAGUUCGUUUCCCAAUAGCGAGCCCUGCCAAAGUUACACGUCUCCAGUCCCUUGCUUGAACACUCGCGAUAUUUCCGUUGCUCAGGCCAUGUCAAACACUGCGAAUUCAUCGCACUUGGCCACUCGCAGAAUGCGUUCUCUCAGAAGCCACCACCAUGCCAACAGACCUACGUUGUCUGAAGGAGAUGAUGUCGCUCCAAGUGACGCCGACAUCGAUCAACGUAACCGUGAUAGAUCUGAGUCGCCUAUUGUUCGCGCAACUAUGACUCGUCACCAUCAUCAUCAUAGACAUCAUCAUCACAAUAGUCUUAGAACUUCCGCAGAAAAUUCUGAACUUUCAAGUGCUGCUGGUGGAACGGAUGAAAAUUUGGAAAAUCUUCCGAGUGACUGCGAAGACUGCGAUGAUUGCGAUAAUUUGGGCGCCUGUGGUGGAGGCUGCGAUGAAUGCGACCUCAUCGAGCAUCAUUCGUCCGAGGAGGAACUUGAAACGCUCACUGGGUCCUGGCAGCGAGACGUCAACGGCCCUCCUGAGAAGAGAAAAUGGUCACAAGUUGCGCGUCUUUCACUCACAGAUUCCGGCAGCAGCGACGACGAAGUGUGCGUGUUGACCACCAACGAGCGUCCUCCCGUACAGUUCAGGUCCACGCCCCCUCUGGAGGUGCACAAGCCCUUGCGCACCGUAUCGCCCCCCAGCAAGAUGCUGGGCUUGGGCUCACCGCCCACCGCCCACUGCUGCAAGACGCCCUGCCAGAGCGACAGCUGCCGUAACAUCAGCGCCGGCGAGGCCAGGCUUGCGAGAACUGCGGCUGCUGCAGCCGUCGCUGCUGGGGGCGCUGGUGGUGGCCCCGAGGUGGCGGUGGGCGGGACGCUGCGCGCGGGGCUGACGGUGGGCGACGCGGCGGGCGGGGCGGCGGGGCGCGCGGCGUCGCCACGCAAGCGCCACCGCCACACGGCGCGGCAGCUCAACAGACCUUCGCUGGACUUCGAGAAGAUGCAGCAGAUCAAGAACAACGCCGUGACGCAGUGGAGAAACAGCGGUGAGCUCUCGCUCUCCUUUUGCUAGUGGCAUCCACCUCUGCUACGUGACAUCUUCAGGCUUCAAUUCAGCCUCGUAGAUGACAACUUACAUCGUUUUUAAACUCUCGGAUGAUCGCUUCAGUCCUUCUGCUUGUUACUUGUUUUUUUAUUGACUGAAUUCAGCGCAUAAAUUUUCAAGCAGGUUCUUAUCCCUUCGAGCUGCAGCACUAAAAAUGAAUCUCAAAGCCACGUAUACCCUUGAUUUUUAAAUAAAAAUUGACAUUAACCUCGAUCUCAGGUCAGACUUCUAUAUAUGUCCUACUCUGUUUGCAAACUGAAGGCGUCUUGCAACUGUUUGCUACGUAAAGGAUCUAGUGGCAGAAUUUAGAUUAUUAUUCUUUUUUAUGCCUGAGUUAUUCGAUAUUGCACUUUCGUUUGUCAUCUCAACGAACUCUGUCACGUCGUGCCCUCGGCUCUUGCGCUCACCUGUCAAAUUUACUCCUCGACUACAUGUCCAAUUCUUCCUUUUUGACAGCGGAUUGAUGUUUACUAAUUUAAUUAUAAGUUACCGGGUGGUCAUGGAAAUCGGUUAUAAUAUAUGCGUCGUUGGAUGAAAAGCAUAGCAAUGUUAACACAUAUCGUCACUCGUGAUUUCUUCGUCCGGCGAAGUUCCAAUAUGAACUCCAGAAGUGCAUCAACUGGGCUGACCAAGCAAAGACGUCUGUUCUUAUUCUCAUCAUUACUGUUCCUUCUCGUCUUCGCAUGCACGGAUCCAGAAAUCCUUCUGUUCACAAUCCCUCGGAUUGUAGAAGUUUCAUUUGUCUUCUAUAAACUGGUUGAAAUUGAGUCACACACCUCGCUGUUUCGGUACCGAUAUAACCAAGGGAGAACAGAAGCUAGCGUACUAUCGUGCAAUUGAAUUGGUGCGUUCUUAACUUUUACAGGCAGUGAUGAGGGAAGCGUUGUGUUCCUAUCUCAUGGCCUUGUGCUGUACCUUCUGAAUUUUAAUGAUCUUCCUAAAUUAACGCCAUAAGCCUAGUUAUCCAUAAACUAUGUCAAGCAACCUCAGCAUACUUAUUAUUGAUUCAUGACACAAAAGUUAUUGUUUGACACCUACUGUGGCAAUUAGUAGUUUGUCCUAACCGUGAAUGCUUGUUUAGUUGUGUGCACCCGUCUAAUUUUGCAUGGCAACGACAAGUAGAGCGCCAUGUUGCCUGUUCCGUCGUCAGUACAAUUUCCUUCUAGUCUUCUGUUGGAGUUGCUUCGUCUCAGGGAGAACGCCUUACGAGCCUCAGUAGCUCCAUGCGUGCGCCCACAAAUUACCUCGCUGAUUUCUUCACUUUCAGUUCGAAGUCGAUCUUAAACUCUCGAGUGGAUCAAUUUCUCGUAUGUUUUUGGCAUUUAGCCAAUUAGUCUUGAAACUUGAGAUUGUUUCUCUAACGAUGUGCUCGUAAAUUUUGAUGGCUCAUGCAUUCUCUAAUCUGUUUUAGAUCUGUUGAAACAUAUUUUUUCCUUCUUUGAACUUUGUGACCACACAAUUUUCACGCGAGUAUCAUGUUCGUUACAGUGAGAGAUUAAAUAUUAUCUCUCAAUCAAGUUAACGAGGCUUAAAUUCUGCAGUUAAACAUUGUCUUUCUUGCUAUGUUCAUUUACGAAAUAAGUCUUCAGACUAUGACAUUUUUACGGGUUCCAUUACUGGAAAUUCAAGACAAUGUUGGCCGAGUAGCUUUGGCCCCAAUAUAGCUUGUCUACUUAUGGCUACUUUCAUUUGCUGUGUACAGCUGCCCGGAACUCGAUUAAAAAAUCUGAAUUAAAAAUACUUUUUUAAUGCGGAUAGUACGUUGGGUUAAAUAAUCUUAUUGGCUUGAAGCGUUUAUAUAAUGGAGUCAUUAUUUAUACUUAAAAAGAUUAAAUUAAUAAACUCAUAAAGAGUUGAAUCCAAUGAUUGAAAUCAUCACCUGGCUGACUGUGGGCUGAAUUUAGCACGUUUAUUGAUAUUCGAAAUAUUCUAGACUAAAAUCCAGAAACAUAAUUCCAUUACAUAGAAUGUGGAACUGAUCUUAAAUAUCUCCGAUUGUAAAAAUUCGUUAUAUGUCAUCAUUUCAGUACAAAUAAUGAGCUCAUGUCACGUGAUUUCCGAUAAAGUGCUUCGUUUGAAGGUAAAUUUUUAGUUAACAUAUUCUCUGCUUAGACCUGCUAAGGUGGCACGAUAUUCUUGGAUUAUGUUUAAAUUAUGAGCUUGAAUGUAACAUUGGCGUCCUGUGUUGGUGUUAUUCGUCAUUAUUUACUCUGUAAUUAGUGCGACUCGAGUGCGUUAUCGUUGUUAUAAAUAAAAACAUUCGUGUAAACAUUUGUAGUCCUGCCACUGAAGUUGUGUUGCGAUCGCUGAGUCAGCGAUCGGUGUCUUGAGUACGACUGAAAUGCCUUAGCUAUUGACCCAUUCGACAAUUGUUUUGUAGCAGCGAGGGACUCGUAUUAGAACACAAAAAUGAUAUUACAUACGUAAAUUGGCUCGUAUUUUUAUACUGAAAAUUUGUUUCAUAUGAAUGUUAGUCUUAACAUUACGAAUGUAUAACGUUAUAUAGCUUACUACGUGCAUAUAAAUAUAUUUUAGAGUGUGCUUCGGUGUAUUUAAUGUACAUAGCCGUGGUUUGGGUUGUAAAAUCUACCAUGAUUGAUAUCGUAAGUUUAAGCAAGAUUCGAAACUGUCGUCCCAAUGCGAAACUCCGAAGAUGUUGCUGAUGUGUGCAUGCUUCAUCUUUAAACUACGUGAAUUUUUUGUACUCAUUACCUCGUUUAUUAAUGGAGUUUCUGUGCUAUGGCUUUUUUUCGAUGAGUUGGGUGGAGUCUUGAAGAAAUAAGCUUUCUUAUCCAAAUUUGGAAUUUAUUCAAAUAUGCUGAAUAAAUUGAUCGCACAAAUAACACAGCCUCCAUUGAGAUAAACUCUUUACACAUUAUUUUUCCUGAGCUUGUGUU